GUGUGACAGGUGCAACGGAGCCGACGCACUAAUUCAUGGAGUUUUGGCAUCUUGUCUCAACCAAUGGCAGCGCGUAUGGAAUUGUGGGUGGUGGGGUUUAGGGUGAUUGUCGUGCACAUGUGCCAAUCACAGAAUCAGUAGGAGGAGUUCAGGGACUCGGAGGUGUGUCUGAAGAAUACGAGUCUACAGCUGCAUACUGUAUCCAAGUCGGGGAGAAAUGGCAUGAGUACUGCUUUGUACUGUUUAGACAAGCUUUACAGUGCGCGGGUUGGUAACAAACAUUCGACUGUUUCUGCUUUCACCUCAGUCACUAAUUAGGCCUGCAGGCACAGAGAGGCGAGGCGGAACACUCUCGGACAAACUGUAAACUUAGUCAAAAGCGACCAAAGUCCCCAAACUCACAGGCUGAAGAGGCUUCAAACGCAAACGAUUCAUCCUUUCUGGCUGUUUCAAGGAAGGAUACGCUGCUGGACAUGUGAAUUUAAAGGAGAUACUUGCCAAGCACAACAAUGAAACCAACGACUGCCCUGUGUUGCUUCGGCUUUCUCCUGACUUGCCUCUUGUUCGGGUCGAGCUCUUCACAAUCAGUAUGUGCUGGUACAGAGAACAAGCUGAGCACCCUGUCGGACCUGGAGCAGCAGUACCGCACCCUGAGGAAAUACUACGAGAACUGUGAAGUCGUAAUGGGCAACCUUGAGAUCACAAGCAUCGACCGCAGUCGGGACCUCACCUUCCUCAGAUCAAUCCGAGAAGUGACAGGCUAUGUGUUGGUGGCCCUGAACCAGUUUGACUACCUGCCUCUGGAGAACCUGAGGAUCAUCCGAGGAACAAAGCUGUAUGAGGACCGCUACUCCCUCGCAAUCUUCCUCAACUACAGACGCGAUGGAAACUUCGGUCUGCGCCAGUUGGGUCUGAGAAACCUCACAGAGAUCCUGAGUGGAGGUGUUUAUGUUGACCAGAACAAGUUCCUGUGUCAUGCAGACACAAUCCAUUGGCAGGACAUUGUCAAAAACCCUGGGAUGCAUCCUGUGGUGGUGCCCACCAACAGCAGUGUCACAUGUCAAAAGUGCAAUCGUUCCUGUAAUGGUCGUUGCUGGGGACCCAAAGAGGACCAGUGUCAAAGCUUAACUAAGACAGUGUGUGCCGAGCAGUGUGACCGCCGUUGCUUUGGUCCCUAUGUCAGUGACUGCUGCCAUGGUGAGUGUGCAGGUGGCUGCUAUGGACCAAAGGACACAGACUGCUUUGCCUGCACCAACUUUAAUGACAGUGGGGCAUGUGUGACCCAGUGCCCCCAGCCCUUUGUCUACAACCCCACCACCUUCCAACUGGAACACAACCCCAGGGCCAAGUACACCUAUGGAGCCUUCUGUGUCAAGAAGUGUCCACAUAACUUUGUGGUGGACCAUAGCUCAUGUGUGAGAGCAUGCCCGAGUAACAAGAUGGAGGUGGAAGAGAACCGCAUUAAGAUGUGCAUUCCUUGUACUGACAUCUGCCCAAAAGCAUGUGAUGGCAUUGGUACAGCCAGCCUGCAGGCUGCUCAGACUGUAGACUCCAGCAACAUCGACAAGUUUGUCAACUGCACCAAAAUCAACGGCAACCUGGUGUUCCUCAUCACUGGGAUCAAAGGGGAUGUCUAUCACAAUAUUGAAGCUUUGGACCCAGAAAAACUCAAUGUAUUCCGCACCGUUCGGGAGAUCACAGGCUUUUUGAACAUCCAGUCUUGGCCUGACAACAUGACAGACCUGAGUGUUUUCUCCAACCUUGCAACUAUCGGGGGAAGAGCACUGUACAGUGGGAUCUCCCUGCUGGUGUUAAAGCAGCAGGUCAUCUCAUCACUGCAGCUCCAGUCGCUGAGAGAGAUUAGCGCCGGGAAUGUCCACAUUGCAGAGAACAGCCAGCUUUGCUACUACAACACUGUCAACUGGACAAGACUGUUCCGUGCUGCAAAUCAGAAGGUUCUUAUCCGCAACAACCAAAGCCCACAGAAAUGCUCCAAGGCGCGGAUGGUGUGUGACCCGCUGUGUUCAGACGCAGGGUGUUGGGGUCCUGGCCCAGACCAAUGCCUCUCCUGCAGAUACUUCAGCCGUGGACGAACCUGUGUGGAUACCUGCAACCUUUAUGAAGGGGAUAUCCGAGAGCAUGCCAACGGAUCUGUGUGUGUGGAGUGUGAUGGCCAGUGUGAGCGAGCUGAGGCUGACUCUUUGACCUGCAACGGUCCGGGCCCAGAGCAUUGUGUGAAAUGCCUGCAUUUUAAGGACGGCCCUAAUUGUGUUGAAAAGUGUCCCGAUGGCCUGCAGGGUGCCAACAGCUUCAUCUUCAAGUACGCCGAAGCCAACAAUGAAUGCCACCCCUGCCAUGCCAACUGCACCCAGGGGUGCAUUGGACCAAGACUGCAAGACUGUAUUGGCUGGAUGGACAGAACCCCUCUGAUCGCAGCAGGGGUGAUCGGCGGCCUCUUCUUGGUGGUGAUCAUGGUGCUGAGCGUAGCUGUGUCUGUGCGCCGGAAAAACAUUAAGAAGAAGAGAGCCCUUCGUCGCUUCCUGGAGACAGAGCUGGUGGAACCUUUAACACCCAGUGGAACAGCACCCAACCAAGCCCAGCUUCGCAUCCUGAAAGAGACAGAACUCAAAAGGGUCAAGAUCCUCGGCUCUGGGGCCUUUGGUACUGUUUAUAAGGGUAUUUGGGUCCCAGAAGGUGAAACGGUGAAGAUUCCUGUAGCCAUUAAAAUCCUAAAUGAGGCCACGGGUCCCAAGGCUAACGUGGAGUUCAUGGAUGAGGCCCUGAUCAUGGCGAGCAUGGAGCACCCCCACCUGGUUCGCCUGCUGGGCGUCUGCCUGAGUCCCACCAUCCAGCUGGUCACACAACUGAUGCCUCAUGGGUGCCUGCUCGACUAUGUCCACGAGCACAAGGACAACAUCGGAUCCCAGCUGUUGCUCAAUUGGUGUGUCCAGAUUGCCAAGGGGAUGAUGUACCUGGAGGAGCGUAGGCUUGUCCACAGGGAUCUGGCAGCCCGAAAUGUUCUGGUCAAAUCUCCCAACCACAUCAAGAUCACAGACUUUGGUCUAGCUCGCCUGUUGGAUGUUAAUGAGAAGGAAUAUAAUGCUGAUGGAGGAAAGAUGCCCAUCAAAUGGAUGGCACUGGAGUGUAUCCAUUACAGGAAGUUUACUCAUCAGAGUGACGUUUGGAGUUACGGGGUAACCAUCUGGGAGGUGAUGACCUUUGGAGGGAAGCCAUACGAUGGGAUUUCCACCAGAGAUAUCCCAGACCUGCUAGAGAAAGGAGAGCGUCUUCCUCAGCCGCCCAUCUGCACCAUCGACGUCUACAUGGUCAUGGUCAAAUGCUGGAUGAUUGAUGCAGACAGUCGGCCAAAGUUCAAGGAGCUGGCUGCAGAGUUCACUCGGAUGGCUCGUGAUCCCCAAAGAUAUCUGGUCAUCCAGGGUGACGACCGCAUGAAGCUGCCCAGCCCCAGCGACAGCAAGUUCUUCCAGAGCCUCCUGGAGGAGGAUGAGCUGGAGGACCUAAUGGAUGCUGAAGAGUACCUGGUGCCCCACUCCUUCAAUAUUCCACCACUGGCAUACACUCCCCGUACACACAUGGACUCCAACAAGAACCAGUAUGGCUACCAGGACCCCAGCUUCAGCAUGGAGGACAUGCUGGCCAGCCUCCCCAGAGUGGUCUCUGUUCCACCCGUGUCUGGAGGCUGCCUCCCACCACAGGACCUGUCCUCAGGGGGGCAGAUUGGUAGUGGAUUUGGCCGUGGUAACCAGGACGACCCUCGCUGCAAUGGAACCCUGAGGAAGCAGGCCUCCCCGAGGUCAAGUACCCUUGGGCCUGGCUCGGCUCUCGCUGCAGGACAAGGUGGAGGGGAGGACAGUAGUGGACAGCGUUACAGUGCCGAUCCCACCGGUCUUUUAGCAGAGAGAGGAGCAAAAGGAGACAAGGACCAGGACAGCUACAUGACUGCCAUGAGAGACAAGAACAACUCAGACUAUCUCAACCCAGUAGAGGAAAACCCCUUUGUCACACGCCGUAGAAAUGGUGACGCCCACGCAGUGAUUGAUGGAGCGGGUUGCCACACCCUGCACAUGGCUGGAGCUUCUGCUGGCCCCAAGAGCCAGUCCACACACGGGGACGAUGAGUACAUCAACGAGCCACUGUAUCUGAAUACCUUCCUUAACCCUGGGGACAAGAACGGAUUGGCUGGCGCAGUCUCCAUCUCUGGCCUUGGGUCCUCUGCUGCCCAAUCAGUAUCGCAGACAGUCAACCCAUCAACAUCAAGCCACACAGUCUCCUACUCUGGAUAUGUGGUUCCCCCUGGCCACCUCCCACACCCAUCGUAUCCAUCACACACCCUGCAUCCGGGGCAUUCAGGACACGCUCUGCAAUCAGGCAUCACCAGCAGCACCAUCAUGUUUGAUAAGAAAGGCAAGAAGGCCACUUUUGACAAUCCUGAAUACUGGCAGCACAGUCUACCCCCAAAGUCCUCACUGCACAACCCUGAGUACCUGCAGGACUGCAGCACACGCUUCUUCUACCGACAGAAUGGACGCAUUCGCCCUGCUGUGGCCGAAAACCAGGAGUACUUAUCCGAGGCUGCUAUGAAAGCUGGAAAUGUGCUGCCACCGCCUCCAUACAGACAGAGGAACACUGUAGUGUAGUGACCAAGCUGUAGCACAAUGGAGGGAUGAAUAGAAGGACAAGGGUGGAGAUACAUUGAACAGUUUCCAUGCAGUACUUCUCAACCUGGGUUGUCCUUGCACCCUGAACAUGUCUCUCUGUUAUGUCUGAUUGCAAUUACUCUAAGGUUUUGCCUUUUCUUGACAAGUCUACAAUAACAGUCACUGACAGCCUCACUUGACAUUCAAACCAUCUUUUUUAGCUCAGUCCUUGGCCAUAAAAGCAAAUCGCUUCGAAGUUUGUUCUAUUCUGGAGCACACUGUCCUGCCAUCUUAAGUACCAGAAAGGCACAAAAACAACACAAUGAAAGAAAUAAGAUGUUCAAUCAGAGAAAAGGGAGAAAUAAACUGAGGUUAGCCCAAAGAGAGGAUUAUCGCCAUGACCUUACAUGCUUUUCUUUAUAUACCUAUCACUUACAGUUUACCAUGUCCUUUUGGCACAUUUUCCACCUAGAUAGAUGCACACAUUGCAGUAUGCACACAUUGUUAUUGCUUGUGUGCAAUCUACCAAAUGACACAUGCACAUGGAGUUGCGUCGUAACUAACCAGCAAACUCACCGCAGUCAUGCUGAAUAGCCCAGAUGUGGCUUGCAUGCCUGCACACAUGCUUCUUUGACUUUUACAUGUUGCUGCACUAGUAAUGGAAUUCAAACAUUUAUCACACACAGCUCUUAUCAUACCUAAAACAUGUUAACAUGCCUGCAGCCUUGACACACCAAUAAUAUCCAUACAUUAAUUCAUAAGUAAAUACACCCACACUGAGAUAAGCUUGCUAUCGUUUGAAAUAUAUUCUGGAGGAGAAGCUCAAUUGACCCUGUGCUGGAAGACAGAGUGUGCCGAUAUUGGCAGUCAGUGUUGCAGCGCAGAGAAAGGGUCAACAGGAAAGGAAAUGUCACCACAGUUUUAUGGAAAGCUGUGAUAACACCCAGUACCUGGUGGAAAUUGAUUAUUGGCAUGGCUAGGGUGGGAUUUUAAAAGGUUGAUUGCUCAGAAGACGACCCUUAACUUCCCACGUCCGUAUCCCUCUUGUUCCACUUUCAUUCACAAUGAUCUGGUCCGAAGGCAAAUCAGCAAAUCAUCCACUUUAAUAUUCAUAAGAUCAUUGUAAGCAGCACCAUAAGUAAAAUAACCUAUGGUAACUGCAGUACAAGGAAUAAUGUUUCAAUGGAACUGGUGCUUGGGAAUGGACAGAUCGUUUAACAGGGAAAGGAGCGUGAUGAUGGAUGCAUAUAAACCGAACAUGAGGGAAAAAUAUAUGAUUUUAGAAUCUGGAUCAGAGCAGAAUUCUUUUUUUUCUUCAUAAGCAUUAGGGAUCUGUUUACUUUGUCACCUUGUCUUAUACUUGCCCAUAUGCAAACAGCAAAGACACCCAGCCACGAAAGAGCCAUGUGAUUGUGGCUAAGAGGCUAACCCUGCAGAGCUGUAAAUAAACCAUUUAAAUGUCAUUACCAGAUAGAUGCAAAAGGCUCUAUGGACUGAGCUGUAUCUAGAAGUGCAUGAAAAGACAAGGACAAAGGUUGUUUUUGCACCUCUCUAUGUUCACAGAAAAUUAACUUUGACCACGUAGUCAUGACUACAGCUCUGUCUCUUAAUGUUAAGGUGGAACAGGAGGAAAGACUGCCUCCUCCACAUUUAUACGGUGGAACACUGAGAAAAAAUGGGACACUUUCUUUUCUAUUGGUAUUUGACAUUAAUGGUGAGAUAUUACACUAUGUUAUCACUGAAUCCUCUGAUGGCUAGCUUUCUGUAUUCAUACAAUACUGCCAGAUGCCACAGUAAUCUCUGAUGGAGACUACUAGCAUCUGUUGUCAAAUGACUUUGAAGCCUAAUUUAGACUGGCGUUGAUAAUUUAAUAGCACGUAAUGCUCUUACACAGCCAAAUGACGUUGCUGUUAUUCCCGCUCUAAGCGGCAAUUCAAUAUUUGUUUUCUUUUUUGUUGCAACUAUAAUUUACAGUAAGAUGCUGAGGGCUCAUGUUAUGUUUCAUCAGGCAUUUCACAUUUAACACUACUACUACUUUCUAAAGAAUAAUAAUGAUAGUAAUAGGUGGGGUUGGGUUAUAUACAGUACAAUGAUGUACAAUGUCAGGGGAUAGAACUUUGUCAAAUUUUCAGUACCGUUCAUGCCCAGGUAUCUAUCCCUUUGAUAUAUUUUAUUUGACUGGACAAUUUUGCAGGCACUGCUGACAAUAUUAGAUUUUUAGGAUUUUUACAUUGAUGUGAUGAAAUACCUUGAUAGUUUAGGUGUUUAAUUCACUGGAUUAUAGGGGUACUCCAGCGUUUAAUAUUGCACUUCCAUAAAGUUGGGGGACUUAAGAGACAAACGAAAAAUCUAAAUUGAAGGUGCAAAGGCCAAGAUAUCCAGACUCUAAGGCCUAGUCCAAGCAUACACAGGUAUUUUCCCUCCUUCAAUCUUAAAAGAAAUCCCAUCCACACAAGCACUGUUUUAAAAAAAAACUUUUUAAAUGAAAACGCAAAAACACUUCAAAGCACUGUCAAGAGUAUGUCAAAACAACACACAGCGAUAUAACCCUAACCCUAAAGCCAUGUUGGACAAUCACGCAAAAUAUAAGAUGUUGGCCAAUCAGACGCCCUAAAAAAAGUUAUUACUGGAAGGCUACCUGGCUCCAAUUGUGCCAAUUUUGCAUUGAUUGCUCUGUAAUGCAUUCAGACACCUUUGUUCCUCAAUAUAGUGUAAGAUUAACUGUACAUGCAUGUGUAAACAUACAAAAAGUCCUGUUAGCAAGGUUAGAACCAGCACUGUUUUGGCCAUGUCCGCCAUUGCAUGAAAUGUAGCGGCGAUACAAUCCAAAAACCAACACAACACGUUUCUGAAAAUCUUCUCCCUUGCAGGAGUUUUCAAAAAUAUCCAUUUUCAGUGACCUAAAACACAGUUUGUGUGUGGAUGAAAGGCCAAAAUUCAUAGAAAAAGUUAAGUUUCAAAAAAUACCCAUGUACUUGUGGACUAGGCCUUAGUUUUGUAUGGGUUAAGCUCCAGAAAGUCCUACAUUUCCCAUAAAGCAACUCAUUCAAACUUAAUGCAGCUUAAUACGUUUGACUCGUUCUACCCCCUAAACCCCACACCUCUAGUUUCUAAUGCAGGCUUUCUGUUAAAAAGUCUCAAGCCCAAGAAGAGAUAACCCUGAUGACAUCAUCAGUGACAUCACCUGGGUUAUUAUCUAAGACUUUGGAAAGCUCCCUUCAGAGCUACAGAAGACCGUAUAAAGCUGUUUUCAUUUACAGGCUGAGUAGUACAGUUCGUGAUGGGAAAACUGAACUUCCUGUGUAAAAUUGGUGCCCCUUUAACCAAACAGACUUUUCCAUCUACAGUUUUUGAUAUAUAAUGAUAUUAUUAAUAGUAAUUUUAAUCUACACAUACCCUGAUUAAAAAUUGUAUCUAUAUUGCCCACCCAGAGGUGAUAAUAUCAUGAAUUUGGAGACCGACUAAUGCCUGCGCAUGUCUCACUGCUGACAUACCAAUACACAACCACUGUUACACAACCUUCAGACAAGCAGUGUUGAUGAUUUACCGUCCAAAACACAGAUGUUGCCCUGGCACAGUGUUUUCUCCCCGUCUCAGGUUUUAUGAGGAAUAAUAAUCAUCCAGUUGAGCUCCAGCUGGAGCACACUUUGCAACAUCAUAAAGGGACGUCAAACCUAUUGUAAUAAAAGUAUAAUGGAAGAUAGAUUAGUGCCAUGAUACCAUAGUAGACGCAUUGCUGAAAUGUGCAUCUCAACAAAAAUGUGAAUUUUGGGUUUGGGUUUAAAUGGUCAGCUCGAAGUCGGCACUGUGUUAAGUAUCAUUGACAUUGCUCUGUUGCUAACAGGAUUUAGCUGUUAGGUCUGUUCUGUCACACCUUCUGAGAUCUUCAUUGUUCUGCUGAUUUCUGCUUGAGUUUGAGUUUACACUUGUGUAUACUGUCUUUGUGUAAAUGUGUGCAAGCAUCCUCUCAGUGUUUUCAGAGUUAAAAGUCAGUUAUAUAAGUCUGUUUUUACCAUUACCCAUAAGGUAUUAGUUGUAGUGCUUGUAGACUACUGUAUGGCCGCGUGUUUAAGUGCAGUGACAGCAGUGAAGAGUCACCCAAAGGCUUCGUAAUGGAUCUCCAUGGAAAAAUAAAGCCAAUCUUCUGGAGGAGAAAACCUGCUGGUGCUCUCAGCUAGCGAGUAUCACAAGGGGCUUUUAGCUUUUUUAAUGCUAAUUCAUCCACUUUCCCUUGUUGCUCUGCGGGGAAAUCAUGUUACCCAAAAUCUCACCCAGUGCACCAGCUGAGAAACCGUGAACGACAGGCAAUAGGUUGUAAUCCUGCAGCAGGGUUAAAACUAAGGUAUUAGUAUUCCAGAAAUGUUACCCGACCAAUGCAUCAAUGUUACAAAAGCUAGCAGAGGAGAAGGUGCAAGUGCACUGUAACUGGCAGAGGAGACCAGAGUAGAUUGCCAUUCAUUCUUUCUCCUCAGAGGUGACUGUAGAAUUGUAUGUAGCAUACACUUUCCUGCAGCCAAAGCAGUGAAGGCAGAAAAGCAGCUGUGGAGUGAAUACGAACAAAAUCUAAAACAAUCUGGAAAGGAAAAGUGAUUGUGGUCAAAUGUUAACAUGAGUCAUACUUAUACAUAUAAUACAUACAUAUAUUAUGUUCUGUGUCAAGGUAAGCCUCGUAGGUACAGUAGUUAUUUAAAGGAGCACAAUAACUCCCUCUUAAUACUGACAGCUCAACCAGUAAACCGGCCUUAGAGUAACUUGUUAUAUUUAUUUUGUGCAUCUACUUUUGUUUUGGGUUUAAUGUAUUUUAAACAAAUGUUCUGAGUAUCGUAAAUGGUGUUGAUUUCCUCUCGUUUUUGCUCUUCAGGGUGUCAUGGCAACAGGAAGUUGUUUUUUUAUAUGCAGUUUGAAGGCUUCAUCCUCUUAAGUCUGUCAUGUUUUCUACUCAUCUUUGAAGCAAUUACUAGCUGUGUCCCAACUCAGAGGCCUUCAAAAGGAACUGAAAUCCAGGGUGAACCUGCAUAUCGUUGCUAAAUGAGACUAGAUCAACAAAGACCAAACCAGACCAGGUUGUGUUCAGGUGCUCCUCGACAACUCAUUAAGCUUUUGCAAGUCACCAGGCGCAGGCUGUUGCCCUCAGACGUCCUAUAACAUUUAAAUACCAAUGGUUAACUUGGAGAGGUUUCACGAUACUUAACAUUAUGAUUUUGAUAUUUCACCUCAACACAUGAUAAACAAGUGGCAGGUUAGACCAGGUUGCAAAAUUGUGCAAAUAUCCAAUUAACUUCCACUUCUAACCCCUUGUGAUUAACAUGUCCAGACUGCACACAAGAACAAACAGUGGAGUUCAUAGCUAGCUUCCAUUAUUCACAGCUUGCAGUGGAUUAUUCAUUGGUUUAGUUAGUGUGAUAUGAAUAAUAGCUGAUAAAUAUGAUUUUUAGCAAGCUUUACAAGUUUGCGAGGAAUGCUUAACUACUUAAAACAGACUGGUGCACAAUUGAUUGUGGGACAUUGAGCACUGCAAAUAAUAAACCACUUGUGUCCUCCAAAGCAAAGGCAGGCUUUUAAUUUUUAGUCACAUUUCGUGGGACCUUUGAAAUGGGACAGCUGUUGUUGGACCGUUAAGACACAUCAGGCCCAGAAAUGAGGACUCUGAACUGGGACACAGCGACUGUAUUUAUAGAUUGUGUUCUAUUUCACUUUUGUAUGCUUUGAUUAUUCAUAUCACAAGGACAUUUUUCACAGCACUGGUAAUAUCAAUCCACCUGUUGUCUAAAUGGUCUUACUGUUUCAGAGAACUUCAUUAUGAAUUACUCACCGAGAAAUAGUUGUGGUCAUAGCAUCAUCAAACAGAUCACAUUUUGUAAAGGGAAACCAUAAAGCAACUGACAAACACAUAUUCUACCAUUGUAAUAGAAUCAAACUGUGUAUGGCUGUCAUACUCUGAUUUUACACUGAUUCAUAUGCGUAUAUUCUACCAUACCAUGAUAAACUGGGGUAGAUGACAGUGGUUGAGUAAGCACAGUUUACAAUGUAUUGAAUUGAUAGUAAAACUGUAAAAUUGAAUGAAUAACUGUCUUUUAACCAAUGACAAAGACAUCCAGAUAAUGUGUCACUCGACAGUUUUACCAUUGUUAGAAAAAUACAAAAGUAUUAAAAAGUGGAUAGUAUUUUUAUAGGUAAGUAAAAGGUGGCCAGGUGCAUCUGUAAAUAGGACAAUUGUGCUUAUUUUCCAGCUGAAUAUAUUUGUUGUUUUUUUGUUUUCAUUUCUCCCUGCAUCAUUGCAUUUUUAGUGGUCUACUCUACUUUUUUUCUUUUGGGAAUAUCUUUUCUGUAUGUAUAUAAAUAUAUAUACAGUAUUUAUAUAUAUAUAUAUAUCCUGUAAAUGUAAUUUGAAGAGUGAACUCUGAUUUUAAAAAAGCUUGCAGGGUCUCUUGUCACCACCGCCCCAUCAUUUCCCCUGUGAUUGUGUGAUUUCGUUUUCAGCACAACUUGGUGGAUUUUGUGCUUCGACCGCUGCUCUUGCUCACUUUGUAGGAGUGGGAAAAAAAGUUCUUUUUUUACUGGGUGUAUUAUACCUCCACUAUCCUCCACGCUUCUCUCAGUAUUAUCCACCUCUUGAGAUUUUUUUUUAAAGAUUUUGUACACUUAAAUUGCUGUUGCAAUACUAAUGAAUAUUCAAUAUUUCAUCCCUUUUUCUCUCAGUCUUUUCCUAACCAAUGUUAUUAAUCCACCAGUGUCACUUUACACCCUGUGUUUUAAGGACCUAUACUAUAUUUCCUUGAAUAGUUUAAUUUCCAUUUGCACUGAGCUCAGUCAUUGUUUACUUUUAGAUGAUAUUCAGCUCUUUAUCUUUUUGGGGCAAUACUGAUUGAAUGGUGUAGCAAUAUAAUGUUACAGCCUCCAGAAUGAUUUAUCGGUGUUUGAGAGACAAAAUGGAAGACAGUUUGAAUGGGCUGGACUGAUCAUUUAAAUUACUGAUAUUUGCUUGUACAGAGUUUAGUAAGUUAACUUUUUUGGCUUCAUCAGGACUUAAAAUCUUCACUCUUUUACAUAAGUCACAGUUUAACAGAAAGUUAAUAUUUCCAUUGCCCAGGAUCUUUACAGGCUUUUUGGGAGGUUGGCCCAUUUGUCAUCUUAUAGCUGAUGUGACGACUGGCACCAAAAUUAUCAUGAACUAUUAACUUUGUGGCUCGUGAAACUGAUGCUGAAUGGUUUGUUACAUUUACAAUCUAAAACUAUCAGGGAGAACAGAAUUGUAGGAUAAUUGUAUGGAUGCACAAUUGCAUAAAUUGUCAGUUGUAAUUUAUGUUUCAAUUGUAGAAGACUCACACACAAUUUGUGUUGUUGUGUGUGCAAUUUUGUUUUCAAAACGUAGGAUUUUAACCGGCAUCAACUUUGGAUUAAUUACAUUUGGUCAUAAUUUCUGUAUAUUGCUUAUCACCUACAGAAUAAGAUAGGCCUGCUUUACACUUACCAUUCAAAAGUGUAUGCAUUUACAUAUAUAUUUGGUCAGUUUGGCAAUCUUCUUAAAGGUCCAUGUGUUUGUUCAAAAGUACAUUGAAGUUUGGAGGAAAGAAUAUUCUAUCGUAAAAGCGAUUAUACAUUAUCAUUGCUUUGUAUCGACUCAUCAGAAUGAAUGAGAACUAAGUUUUAUAGACCAUACCUUGUCACAAACUACCAGUUUUAAACGAUUAUCUUUAUCACUGGUUAAUUGACACAUUUCCCAAGCUAGAACAUUUAAAUACGUACUCCCUCUGUUUUGUUACAUGAAUCUGUCAAAACUAUAUUUUUAAUUCAAUAUGAAUAAAGAUCAGUCAAUAUUUAAA